AUGGCCAACUAUGUACCUCUGCCACUGCAGCCCUGCCCUCCCCCGCUGCCGUCCCCCAACGCCCUCCUCCCAUGCACUGUGCACAGAGCCGCCUGCCCAUACUCCCCUUUGCAUGCCUCUCCCCUUCCUCUCUCUCGUUCCCUCCCUUCUCAUUAUUGCACCCCUCUUCCUCUCUUCCUCUCUGCGCCCUGCCACCACACCCUCGUGCCACCGCCACACCCCCCGCCCGUGCCCCGCUGCGUGCGCCAUGGCCAGGCGUCGCUGGUGUUCCACCACGCGCUGCCGCUCUUCCAACCACGCCCUGCCGUCGCCACGGCGGGCGCCGUGUGGCUCUUCUGGCUCGCCCACGACGCCCUCCGCGCCGCUGUCUACGCCGCCCUGCUCUCCCUGCCACUCUCCCAGUGGCGCGACGCCCUCCCUGGUGGGUGGCAUUCGCUGUCUUAUUAUAAUGCUGCAGUAGCCGGGGAGAGAGAGGCGGGUGGGUGCAAGGGUGCGGGGAGAGCGAGAGUGGUGAAGGAAGCAUGGAGAUCGCGCCCCGCCUUCCACCGCUACCUGCUGCUGCUGCUGCUGCUGCACUCUGCCUCUGCCUUCGCCUCUCUCCUCCUCACCCUCCACGUGCCCGCCGCCCUCUGCAUGCGAGGGCUGGCAGUGUGUGUGUACUGGGCGCUCUUCCCUCCGCUGCUCUACAUCACCUUCCUUGCCGACUUCUUCCAGGACGAGGACACAGAGGUGGAGGAUGCAUACUACUCGGAGAUGAGGGAUGCAGGGGUCUUUGAUGCCGAUGGGAACUGGGACUGA